AUGAACGCCUCACAGCACCACCCAACCCUUUCAUAUCCCUUUCCGCCGGGCGUCUCGCUGGGCCAAGCACCUGCACCAGACGGUCAGAUUUCUCCCCAGCUGGCUGUCCACCUCGCCUCCAACAACCCGUUCAGAAAUCGCGCUUUGUCGCCUGCCAACUCGACCCGACCGGAACGACCAACCUCGACCAACCCUUUCCUUGACGAUAACGACAGUCUUUCUUCGCCGCGGUCGGCGCCCAUUCAAGGCACUCUGUUCUCGCCAAUCGAGCAGCAAGACAUGACUUCCAACACGCGAGAUCUCUUCGAGAACCUGAGUCUCAAUUCUCAGACUCAAAACAACGGGCACCGCACCGCCCCACCCCCCCCUGGCAAUGGCUUCUCCAAGCUCCCCUCGAAUACACGACCGCCCCCCGCGUCCAGAGACCGACAGGACCAGCUAGCAAAGGACCCCUUUGACAUCUUCGCCGAUCCUCCUUUGACUAAGACAACCAGUCGCUCGGGCGCCAGUCGUGACAGGGAGCGGGAACGGGAAAGGCGACCGCGGCGCAACUCAGAGUCGUCCGUCAUGGACCGGCCAAAAAUGCUGGAUCCUGAGGAUGAGAAGCGUCGCCGGGAGCGGCGCCGUCGCGAACGGGAGGCCGGCCGACCCCGGGAUGGAAAGUCCUCUCGGUCCAAGAAGUCCAAUUAUCAGCUCGACAUCAUCGAUAAACUAGAUGUCACGAGUAUCUACGGCACCGGAAUGUUCCACCACGAUGGCCCGUUUGACGCCUGCAACCCUCACCGGAACCGCAAAGGAUCGCGCACAGCUCCUAUGCAGGCCUUCCCCGAGGACUCUUCCAACAUGGCCCUGGGAGGGGCCGGACCCAACAACAAGAACAUCAAUCUUGAUCUAUUCCACGGGACAAUGGAGGAAGGAUUCAAUGAUUAUGGCGCCACUGCCGCGCUGACUGGCGACACGGUCAACUUCGACCCCAAGGCCCGCAUUGAGCCCAUCCAUGGCGCCGAGAGCAUGGGAUUGGGAACGAGUACUUUCCUGGAGGGCGCCCCAGCCAGCCGCGCCGCAAUGCAGCGCCGAACGAGCGAGAACGAGAACCAGUUCGGCCAAGGUGGCGGCCUCCAGCGGAAGAAGAGUCUUGCGCAGCGCCUACGGGGCAUGAACCGGCCGCCCGGUGGACGCAUGGUAUCGCCAGAUGCUUCCUAUAACGCUCCCUUCAGUUCGAGUCAGUCCGGGUCGCUGCGUACGAAUGAGAGAAAUCCGUUCUUCCAGGACUACGACGAUGCAUGGGACAAGAAAGGCGCCCGCAUCAGCUCCGUCGAGGAAUCUCGGUCCGGUCAUGAAGGUGGCCGCGCCCGAUCCUCAAGUAGCCCCAAGCAGAAUACCACCCUCGAGAGACGACACACCAAUGAACGGUCCGCUGCUGGAUUCGAAGAAGGCAAGACCGGAGGCGGUGGAGGCGGUGGCUUCAUCAAUCGAAUGAAGAGUCUUCGGAAGCCUCGGCCCGAAAGACGCAUCAGCAACGACUGA